AUGGUCAGGCAGCGAUGGGAUACCCUGUUUUGCGACAAUGACACCACCGCCGGCUUUCGGAACGCCCUCAGAUUGGAGCAAGACGACAAACUGUGCAACGAUGGGCUGAGAUCGAUCUGUUGGAAGGCAUGCGCCUUCCUGCUUUUCGACGAUCUGGAUCGGGCACAGUGGCCGCAGAAGCUAUCGGAUUCACGAAGCGCCUACGUCGCCUUGAAGGCCCACUUCCUGAAAUAUAUUGACCACCCGGACGAUUUGGAAUCGACCGUUGAUCCGCUGGCGGAUGAUGUGGAGUCCCCAUGGCAAACUCUACGGAACGAUGAGCAGACAAGAGCGGAUAUCUCGCAGGAUGUGGAUCGGUGUUUACAGGAGAACUUCUUCUUCCGGGAGCCCACCACCAAAGCGAAGAUGAUCGAUAUACUAUUCAUUUAUGCGAAACUCAACCCAGACCUAGGCUAUCGGCAAGGCAUGCAUGAGAUAUUGGCGCCUCUCUUGUGGGUGGUCGACCGGGAUGCGAUCGAGACGAACCCACUUGAAGAUACCAGGGAAACGAAACCGGACGAUAACGCGAUGCUUAAACUUCUCGAUGCCAACUAUGUGGAGCAUGAUUCGUUUGCGCUUUUCUGCUCAGUGAUGCAGAAUGUCCGCGUGUAUUACGAGCACAAUAGGACUCGAUCGGCCAAUGGUCAGUUGGACGUUAUUCCAAUUGUGCAUCAGUGCCAGCGCCUCCACAAUGAACUCCUGGUCACGGCAGAUCUCGAGCUUGCGGAUCACUUGCAGGCACUAGAGAUAUUACCACAGAUCUUUUUGACUCGUUGGAUGCGUCUUCUGUUCGGGCGCGAAUUCGCUUUUCAAGACGUUCUUCAAAUCUGGGAUCUACUCUUUGCAGAAGGCCUACGCCCAGAGCUCAUUGAAUAUGUUUGCGUUGCAAUGCUGUUGCGGAUCCGUUGGCAGCUACUGAGUGCUGAUUCCUCAAGCGCUUUGAGUAUCCUGCUGCGCUAUCCAGCCCCCGACCCCCAUUCACCGCUGACCUUUGUCUACGACGGGAUAUAUCUGGAGCAAAACCCCACCCCAGAGAGAGGUCUAUUCAUCAUCUCGAAGUAUUCCGGUAGACCACCGGAUCUGUCGAGAGGACUUGGACAACUGAGUGCCAAACCCUCUAAAGGGAAGUUUCGCCUGCGAAGUGCAUCUAGGGAUCUGAGUGAGGUCAGCUCUCCUUCCAGGUCACCCGCAAGAAAUAGUCCGAAGAGCCUCGAAGCGCUAUUCCAGGACGUAUCGGAGGGUAUUCAGCGCCGAACAGAGGCCUGGGGAGUCGCCAAAGCCGUUCGAGGAGCAGUGAGCGAAGCAAAACGAAACAUGCAAUCUAUUCAGUCGGAACAUCAGCAUCGCGGGACACGAUACGAGAACCAAAGCCAGGGAUUGGACACUCCCUGGGAUCGUGCUUCCGAUGAUACAUCCAAGUUGAAAGCGAAGAUCGAGGAAUUGGAGGGGCGGAAUAGAGAACUCGCCAAGAUGCUAAGUGUGGCGCUGAAGGACAUACGCUUUCAUGUUAACAAAGCCGAGAAUAUGGACAGCAGUGACAAGGACACUCUGGAGCAGGCUCUCGAUAAGGUUCAAAGCAUUCAAAGCUGUCUGGAAGACCACAACAUCCCCUUAAGCGCUGCCGAUCAAUCCCCGAGCGAGCAUAGUAAUGCCGAGUCCGAGACGCCCCCUGAAGCUGCUGAAGUUCCCAGUGACAGCGCAAAAAUUGCAAACGAUGGGGCAGAUCGCGCCUCCACUUUUACACACCGGACCAGUACAUCUGCCGAGUCACCCAGAUCUCCCAUUGGCGUUGGGACGAAGGUCAACCGCAGUACCGCCACCAGCCCACAGUUUCCCACUUCCAUGCCCCUCCGACAUGUAUCUCGGCCAUCGUUGGCCGACUCGGAAUUCUCAUGGAUGCUCGGCGGCAAGCGACAUCUCUCGAGCUUUGUCAGCCCGGCAUCUGUACUUCCGGAGCAGACUCGUCACGGAGAGGGUCGCCCGCGGUCUAAACCAGCUUCCCUCUUUGGCAAUGGGGACGAAGAGCAUGGCAAACCCGGCGCCGAGAUCGAGUCGGAUGGUCUGGCCCUGCGAAGUCUCCGUGGACCUAAACCAUGA